UUUGCGCAGGGCAAAUGGACGUUUUAUGAUAAACAAUUUAUAGAAAUUUGUUCGUAUCCCACCACCAAAUGUCCUAGACAAACUAAAUCCUUGAUAUGGAGCCCAAGUUGGUAAACCUGUUAAAGAUGUCGGUGCCAAGCAGAGACUAGAAGGCAAUAUGAAAACAACCUUUCCGACACAAAGGACCUUGCUAUGUCCUAGGACUAUAGGAAAAAUAUGUCUCGGUCUCGAAAAGGGAACUAUUAACUCGGAGGCCAACGCCUUGGAAGUUCUUACGUCUGAAAAGGGGUACGAAGUAUAUCGGCGUCCAGAGUCCUAGGUGGAGGUGGCAUAUAUGAUCAAGAGCUGUUAGUCAACCCUGAGAUGAGGUUGUGGGGGAUACUUGCCUCACCUCCAAUAAUCCAAAAGCCACAAGACUCAAAGUCCAAUCCUUCAUCCCCAUAACACAAGCAAGAUGAAUUCCAUUAUCUCCACCCUUGCUACCUUCGCCGUACUCGGCUCGACUAUAGCCAACCCAAUCAUCCAAGCCAGCACGACUUUCUCGUUCCCAACAAAUGUAACGGGUAGUAUGACGCUCUAUGCUCCUACCCAAACUCCAACUUUGCUCCCAGCUCCAGUGACUACUUCUUCUCCUAACGCUCCGAAGGAGCUCUCAAUCUGCUGCUGUUGCCUUUUUGAGCCUCAACCCGAGGUUCCCCAUUACAUAGCCGAGUGUCCGAGGGACGGCGUACAUGCUGUAUGCGGUGAUGAGGUCCCUAUCGACUCGGGAUACACGCUCGGGGGUCUGGAAGGGAAGCCCGAGGAAAUUGCGAGGGUAUGCUCGGAGGUUAGAUGCGGUCCUGUGAAGUUUACGGGUUAGUACACCUCUGAUGGACAAUCGUGGUCAACUCACAGUCGAGGAAACGUGUAAGGAUGGAGAUAGGAUUGGGGGCCAUUUUCAUUUCGAUUUGACGAAGGAAAUCAUUCGCGAUUCAAUUCCUAACUAUUGGUCACAAUACACUAUACCCUUGUGACUUCGUCCGAUCUUGUCUGGUUGUGAAUAUUAACUUCGGUGGGAAACACUCGGAUUCUCGGAGGGCGCGCGGCUCUUCGAAGUUGGAGUAUAGAACUAGAAUCAAUUGAAAAUGGUAAUUGGUGCGGUUCUAGAGCAUCUAGGG